UUCAGCUUUUCAGCAUAACAAAAGCUCACAUUUGUAAUACCCUUGAACUCUUGAAGUAGCGAAGGUCACAUACUGAGAUGGGCAGAAACAAGAAUGGAUUUUUUGCUAAGCUUUCGUCCGAGCCAGGAUCGGAAAGGUUACCGUAUUUUUUCCUUUAGAAAAUUAUAUCAUCAAACCGACAGAAUGCCGCCAUUUGGAAAAGUGCAAGAGUUCGAAGAUGACAAACCUUAUAUAGAGUUAUGCUGGGAGGCAGAACAAGACGCCCGAUUUCUGCUCGGCAUAUCCAACGACCGAACAAGUUUCUCGAUGCGAGCAGAACCGGUAACACCAGCGAGUCAAAGGGUCCGCCCUCCUACGGGAAGUCCGUUGAGAAAAUCGUACACUCAGAACCGAGAAAUUAAGACGGAAUCAAUAUACUCGCAGUUCAAAAACAACCAGGUUACGUCCGCCUUGGAUAACCGAGCAUCGUUUCUUCCGUAUCGUCCAACAAAGAAGGAACUCUCAAAUAAACCAUCCCGUACUGAGAAGCGAUUGUCCACGGCAAUUUUAAGCAAAAACCCGACAGGCAGAAACAAAACACCAGCGUCGAGAAGUAAGUCGGACAGCGAAACUUACAGGUACUCGCAAGAUUACAACACCGGAACAUUAACACGCGACGACGAUAUCGAUCAUCUUGAGGAUCUGAGAUUAUCAUUGCUGAGCUGGACGACAACAACACACGAGUCCUUUGUAGGGAGUGCUGGUAUGCAAAACGAGAAUGUCGGUAGCCCUUCGAAGGCAGUUCAGAGAUCAGUAAGCGACUUAAACGUAAAGCGAGACUGGCGCGAGAACUCAAAGAGAACACCAGAGCGACGUGGGGAACGCAAGUCCCCCUCUGUUGCCUAUAGCGGCAGAAGCUCGCGAUUUGAAGAUACAGACGCAAUGGAUGAGGAAGUUGCUCGUAUCACGGCUGGUGCAUCGCAUGCAUCUUCCAUCAGCUUCAAUGGUAGCCAGCGAUCCAGAUCGGCUCAAGAUCUUCGGGACACUCUAUUUGCGGACAGUCCUACCGAUCCGUUUUACGAAGCCCAGAGCCUUGCUUAUAAACGCAGAAUGGAAUACGACGGGAAAACUUUUUUUGCGGGGGCGCGGAGAAUGCCGAUGAGAAAAUAUAAUUUUAUGACCUAAAAACGGGUUUGCAAAGAUCGAUCAUCAUAGACACGGAAACACCUAAAAAAAUGCCGAAAGUGCUUUUCAUCAGUUAGUCUUCGGCUGUCUUUUACGUUGAAUAGUUAUCUAUGAACUACCAAACUUUGCGAAUUUACUGUAUUUGGGACGUUCUCCCAAGCGAUAGAACAACGUUUUUAGGACAUUUUGUUUAAAUUCUUUGUGACUUUUAUCUCGAUGUUUACAACUUUUAGCCAGCUAAAAUCCACUAACAUUAAGUAACUAUUUUACUACAAAUUAUCACUUUGGAAGACGCAAAAAUGCAACUGCAAAUAAGCAAAUUUGUCACAUUGGUUCAGCAAAAGCAUUCUAUACAUAUAGGCUAUAAAGCUGUAUACACGGUAACGGACUAAGGGGCUAUUCAUAUGAGCCCGGUUACCGAGAUUUUACGAAGCGUAAAAUGGACUUUGGGGUAUUGAAAUGAGUAAAUAACACGAUUCUGGUAUUCGUGUCAUCAUCCUAACAAUAGCAUGUGAUUGUUUUGUGUCAAAAAUACUUUUUUCAACACCUCAAAGUCCAUUUUAAGCUUCGUUAAACCACGGUACCGGGCUCAUGUGAACAGACCCUAAUUCACGACCGCAAUAUAUGCAAUGGUCCAUUGAGCAAUUAAUUGCCUGAUGAAACAUACUGACCCACGUUUUCUUUGCAUUUUGGUCUCAUUAUCCCAUUAUCUAUAUUGUUUUAAUUGCAUAUACAAUAUAUUGACGGUAUCGUCUCAUUUACCCAUACAAAAAUUAUAUCAAUUUCCGCGGUGCAUAAUACAAAAAGGUACAAAAUAAUUUGCAAAGGCUAUUGUAGUCUAUUGCAUUUAGAGAAAUCGAAAUUCGAUGCAUUAUACAGGCCUGAAUGAACGGCUUUCCAUAGCUAAAAUGUCGUGUGUAAGUGAGAGAACUGCAUGACGAAGGAAGGGAGCUAGAGUAGCUAUAAAAUUAUUUUAAAAAGUGAUCAAGGUUCCUGUUAUACGACAGGAAGGAAACCAAAAAUUUAGUUAACCAAAACCAAACCAAAAAAAAGUUUAAAAAACACUUAGAACUGUAUGGUAAAUCUUGUUAAGAUUAUACUGUUUCAAUUUUCAGUUGAGUUAUUUUAUUUUAU